GCAACCUCGGAGUCAGGCAUCACUUGUGAGGCUUGCCUCCCAUGUGUUAGCUGCAUGGUUAAGGCCUGGUGUCUUACAGUGGCUAGGACAAUCCAUCCAAUUUCGAAAUUUUGGGUCUUUAGCUGGUUACUGAGCCCUUGUGGGACCCUUCUGAGGAAGUAAUCCUAGAACUCCACAGGGUUUCCCACAGUGGACCCCGGUGAACUGCCAACGUUUGAUUAUUCACCCAUCAGUUCCCGUUGCCAGCUCAAUUGACUUCAUACUCUGACUGGCCCUGAUGUCCAAAGUCAACUUGUUUAUAAAGAAAAGCUAUUCUGAGCUCUUCAUCCUAUAGACUGAUAAGUUUCCAACCUUGAACUAGCUUGUGGAUUAUACCGUUACUGGAAAAAGUAAUUCUUCAGAUAUCAAGGUGACAAUAGCCCAAGAAAACCCAGCCAGAGUCAGGCAGACGGUUGCAUUCAUUUAGAAACAGGAAGGCUAUACCAUACUAGGGAGCCAGCACCCAUCAAAGGCAAAUCCUGAAGUGAGUCCAUGUGGCAACCUAAACAGUGUGGGAUGGAGAUGAAGCCUGAAGCUUCUGGGCAAGGUCGAAAACGGAAAUACUUGGAUGAAGGUGGGAUGGAGAUCAAGUCUGAAGCUUUAGGACAAGUUAAAAAAGUGAAACACCAGGAUGAGGGUGCAACGGAUUUGGAGUUUGAAGAGCCCAGGAAAACCUGGAAGAGGAUACCUCAAGAACAGCAAAACCUAGAGCUUCAAAGUCAACAGUCAGGCAAGGAUGAGCUAUGGGAACCCCAUCAAGCAACUCUAAGACAACUAAAGCCCCUAGAGUGGGCCACAGGUCCACAUGAGCAGGCCAUAACUGCAAGAAAGUCUGGGGAUGGUAACAAGGGUCUCAAGAGGCCCUGGUGUGUCAUAGAGGAAUAUGCUGAAAACCACCAAAGGCAAAAGUACCAAAGGUUACUGCAGCACCUUCCACCCAGUGAUAACAUGAAAUCUGACCCACAGAGGGCUCACACAACCCUGGUGGAUACUCUGAAGAUCGAAGAUUGUGUGGAAGUGCACAGUCAUGGAUCCACAACAACCCAGUGUGAUCCUAAACAAUCUACUGUUGUUACCACAAAGGAAUGUGUCUCACCAGACAAAAAAGUGAAGACGUGUACAGAGAACUCUUCUGAUACACAGAAGAAAGAUGCAGUAAACCUUGAAGAAAGAAGAGGACACCACUUGGAGCCUGACUUGCAAAGAGCAGAGGCUCAAGUCUUCCUGCAUAGUGGCAGCAGUAGGUCACUCCCCAACAAGAAGCCAGUAGUUAUGGCAGAGAAAAAGCCUGUUGCAGAACAGGAAAAGGGGAGAGGAACAGAUGAAGUCCUUAGUGUUACAGAGGACAUGGAAAAGGAAAUUAAAAAUGCACUAGGUCCAGGACCCCAGGAAGAAAUCUUAACUAGUGCAUUCAAACUGCAUAUUACUCGAGGAGAUAUCCACACACUAGAGAAUGGUAAGUGGCUCAAUGAUGAGGUCAUCAAUUUUUACAUGAAUCUUCUGGUUGAGAGAAAUAACAAAAAAGGGUACCCAGCUCUUCAUGUGUUCAGCACUUUCUUUUACCCUAAACUAAAGCAUGGCGGCUACUGUUCAGUUAAAAGAUGGACUCGUGGAAUAAAACUGUUUGAAAAAGAAAUUAUUCUAGUACCUAUUCACCAGAGGGUACAUUGGAGCCUGAUAGUAAUCGACCUAAGAAAACAGAGUAUUGUUUACUUUGAUUCAAUGGGACAGACAGGGCAGAGUAUUUGUGAGACCAUCUUUGAAUAUUUACAAAAUGAGAGCAAAACUCGAAGGAACAUUGAGCUGGACCCUUUGAAGUGGAAAAGAUACAGUAUGGCUUCAAAGGAGAUUCCUCAACAACUGAAUGGGAGUGACUGUGGAGUUUUUACUUGUAAAUAUGCAGAUUACAUUUCUAGAGACCAACCACUUACCUUUUCUCAACAACACAUGCCCAUCUUUAGGAAGAGGAUGGUGUGGGAAAUCCUGAAUUGUCACUUACUGUAACAACAUCCACCUGGUUGCUAUGGCACCCCUGCACUUUUCCAUUGAUGUUUCUAUAUACCUCAAGCAAGAUGGGUUGAAAAGAUUUAAAACUCCCUGACCUAGGGAGUCCUGACCAAUGCCAUCUAUAGGCUGCAUGUAACUACUGCAAGCUUAGAAACUGCUAUUCAACCCACACAAGAACACAUGUUCAAAAAACAUUGUUUUAAUGUUGGUUAGUUUACGAAUUGUUAUAAUGUUUAAUUUAGUUUAUGAAUUGUUUUAAUGUUAGAUCUAUUUUAUGAAUUGUUUUAAUGUUGGAAUUAGUUUCUGAGUUGUUUUAAUGUUGGAUUUAGUUUAUGAUUUUUUACCUUCUUCCCCCACCAAUGAUUGUUUAUGUUUUUACUCACUCAUUUACAAACCUUGGCAGUUGUCAUUUUACAAUAUUCUCUAGUUACCAACUCUGUUUCUUGUUUGAACUGUUUAUUCCUGAAAGGAAUGCCCAUCACAAUGUCAUUCUCUGCUUAAGAUCAGGAGGGACAUCAGCAUGAAGAGGCAGGAAGUGUUGACUAGCAUCUCUAAUGCUGGAGUUUUAUCUGUUAACUUGAAGAUGGAGGGGUUUUUUAAUGUAUUUUUUUUUAAAGCUUGGAAAUAGUACAAGAAAGGACAAUGAAUUGCACAGACUGAUACUUUUCUGACCCAUCACACUCUACUAGACUUGCAUAGGAUGCAGAACUGUUGAGAAAAGCAUCAUGGUUAUUUAAAGACAUAUUCUUUCCCAAAAUUAAGGAGACUUGCCUUAGUUUUGGGAAGUUGAUUAGAAGUAACUAUAAUGGUAAAUAUCCAUUAUUAUCCCAGGUCUCAUUGAAUCCAAACCUCAGCUUUGCUAGGGCUGUAUUGAAUUAUUUGAAAAGUUUUAUUCCAUUUAAAGUUACUUUUUUUUUUUACUUAAUUCAUUAGAUUAAUAUUGAUGUAUCCCAUUCCCAUUGUGGAAGUGGGGCUUUAGAGUUGAUAUUGCUAAUUAUACAAUAAUCCAUUUUACAUGUGAUAAAUUGUAUUUAACUUUUCUGUUCAUUAUCUUACAGUUGUGCUUAUGCAAUUUUUAUUUAAUAAAGUUUAAAGUUGUUCAGAA